AGGUAAAUGUCUCGAUUUCGCUACAGCGGGAAAGGAGACUAAAGCUAACGAAGGUCAAGAAGAGUAGGCAAAAGAAUCUCAAAGCAUCUCUCUACAACAUGGCAGAUGACAAGGAAGAAGUUAUUGAGAGUCCAGAUGCUCAUUUUGAACCAGUAGUCAAGUUACCAGAAGUGGAUGUUAAGUCACUAGAGGAGGAUGAAGAAGAAAUGCUGAGAAUGAGAGCUAAAUUAUUCAGAUAUGACACAUCGGGAGAUGAGCCAGAAUGGAAGGAGCGAGGUACAGGAGAAGUUAAACUACUUUCACACACAGGGAAAGGGACCACAAGGCUAUUAAUGAGGAGGGAUAAAACACUGAAAAUUUGUGCUAAUCAUUAUGUCUUACCACAGAUGGAACUGAAGAAGAAUUGUGGCAGUGACAAGGCCUGGGUGUGGAACACACCGGCUGAUUUUGCUGAUGAGGAACCAAAACCAGAAUUACUAGCUAUUCGAUUUGCAAAUGUUGAAAAUGCAAAUAAAUUUAAAGAGACAUUUGACAGAUUAAAGGCAUCAGGUGAAUCAGAAAAAACUGGAGACACUCCAGAAAAGCCAGAGCAAUCUGAAAAUUCUAAAGAAGACAGCAAAUUAGCAGAUGGCAACACAAGCGCGAGUGGAGACAGCACAGCUGCAAACAGUGUAGCAGAAAAAUUGGGAGAAAUGUCUGUUAAAGACUCUGAAAAGAAAACUGAAACAACAGAAUCAAAAGACAGUGAAAAAGAUACAGAGACAGCAGAGAGAUAAUAUUGUAUAAGUAGUCUGUCUUUACAGUUCACAAUUUUGCCCACCUCGAGCAUUCAUAAAAGGGGAAGUUGUUGGUGCUUAACACGUGAUUUUUAACCCACAUUUUCCAUUUUGUAUGGUUUACGUGAUGAACACAUACUGCGUAAAAAUUUGGUGUGAAUGUGUCUGCUCUUUACAGCUUCAAUCAUCUCGCUCUAUCAACUAGGUUUUAUGAUGAAGAAUGAAGGUAUAAAACUACAGAUAAUGCCUUCAUGCAUCUCUUUUAUGAUUUGAAGUAUUAGCAAAAAGAAAAGCUUAACAGUCUGGACAGUGGUUUUACAUUGCUAACAAUUUUGUGCUUUUGACUAAGAUUUGUAAUGUCUCAAUAUUUUGUCGAGUUCUCCAAUUCAACUGGAAUCAUUAUUUUAAGGGAGCCCUUAAGCUGUGAUGUAUGUUGAAAAAUCAGAUGGUCAUACUACCGAUCUCUGUACAAUGUUUUUAUUUGCUAGCCAUAAUAGUCUUUGACAUGAGCUUGGAAAUGGUGUGUAAUGAAAGAUCUUUAUCAUUUCGUAAUGUUAAUAAUGAACCUUUCCAACAAUAAGACACUUUUCGGUAAAUGCCACAAACAAAUAAAAUUUUUACCUUUA